AUGGCACUCUCCCAAACCCUUUAUAACACCUUCUUCCGAAGCAACGCAACGAUGCUGGGCCUUGUUUUCGGCACCGCCUUCGGUGGCUCGCUACUUUUCAACGGCACAUCAGACCGUAUCUGGGACAGCAUAAACCAGGGCCGGCAAUGGAAAGACAUCAAGCACAAGUAUGUGGAUGCGGCGGAGGAGUAG